UGAAGAGACUUACAAAAACAGAAAAAUGCUAUUCAUAGCCAUUCAUAAGCCAAAAAACUCCUAAACUUUCUUGCUAAAGAAGAAACCAAAAACCUAAAAGAAUAGACAGAGGAAGAAAGAUCUUUAAUUUCUAUUUCUCUUCCUGGUUGAGAGCUUUACUUCCUCUCCCCUUAUUGCAACAAUGGGAAAUUGUUGCUCUCAUGGACGGGAUUCAGGUACCAAAGAAGAACAGGCGCUGGAAAAUGGAGGAGGAGGCGGUGGUACUGGUGCCGCGGAGGCCUCUGUGAGAGCUUCGAAGCACCCGCCAGCAUCUCCUCCUCCUGCAGUCAAACAAGGGCCAAUAGGACCAGUCUUAGGGCGGCCAAUGGAAGAUGUAAAGAGCUCAUAUUCAUUGGGUAAGGAGCUCGGUCGCGGACAGUUUGGGGUUACCCAUCUCUGCACGCAGAAGGCCACGGGACUGCAAUUCGCUUGCAAGACCAUUGCGAAAAGGAAGCUGGUGAACAAAGAAGACAUUGAGGAUGUGAGAAGGGAGGUGCAGAUUAUGCAUCACUUGACGGGUCAGCCAAACAUUGUGGAGCUUAAAGGAGCGUACGAGGACAAGCAUUCAGUGCAUUUGGUUAUGGAGCUUUGUGCGGGAGGAGAGUUGUUCGAUAGGAUCAUUGCAAAGGGUCAUUACUCAGAGAGAGCCGCGGCUUCAUUGCUACGGACGAUUGUGCAGAUUAUCCAUACUUGCCAUUCCAUGGGGGUUAUCCACAGGGACUUGAAGCCUGAGAACUUUUUGUUGCUAAACAAAGAUGAGAAUUCUCCUCUCAAAGCCACCGACUUCGGGCUAUCCGUGUUCUACAAGCCAGGGGAGGUGUUCAAAGACAUUGUGGGAAGUGCUUAUUACAUUGCACCAGAGGUGUUGAGGAGAAAGUAUGGACCAGAGGCUGAUAUUUGGAGCAUUGGUGUCAUGUUGUAUAUCCUCUUGUGUGGUGUUCCACCUUUCUGGGCAGAGUCAGAGAAUGGGAUUUUCAAUGCCAUUUUAAGUGGACAGGUUGACUUUUCAAGUGAUCCGUGGCCCGCCAUUUCAACACAGGCGAAGGACCUCGUCAGGAAGAUGCUCAACUCUGAUCCCAAACAAAGAUUAACCGCUGCUCAAGUUCUCAACCACCCAUGGAUCAAGGAGGAUGGAGAAGCACCAGAUGUUCCUCUUGACAAUGCAGUGAUGUCAAGACUCAAGCAAUUCAAAGCAAUGAACAACUUUAAGAAAGUUGCUUUACGUGUGAUAGCUGGGUGCUUAUCAGAGGAAGAAAUCAUGGGGUUAAAGGAGAUGUUCAAAGGAAUGGACACUGACAACAGUGGAACAAUAACUCUUGAGGAACUAAGACAGGGACUUGCCAAGCAAGGUACAAGAUUAUCUGAAUACGAAGUCCAGCAAUUAAUGGAAGCUGCUGAUGCUGACGGUAAUGGAACAAUAGACUAUGGGGAAUUCAUAGCAGCUACAAUGCAUAUCAACAGACUCGACAGAGAAGAGCAUAUCUACUCAGCCUUCCAACACUUUGACAAAGACAACAGUGGAUAUAUCACAAUGGAAGAGCUGGAGCAAGCCCUGCGGGAGUUUGGCAUGAACGAUGGCAGAGACAUUAAGGAAAUCAUUUCUGAGGUUGAUGGAGACAAUGAUGGGCGGAUAAACUACGAGGAAUUUGUGGCAAUGAUGAGGAAAGGAAACCCAGAUCCCAACCCUAAGAAGCGGCGUGAACUGUCAUUUAAAUGACACCACUGGAACAGUCAAGUCAGCACAUAAGUAUAUUAAGAAGAAGGCUUGGGUUGCUCAUGAUUCACCAAGAGAGAGGAUAAAGGUUUAAAAAUUGGAAUAGGGAGGUGUUUCAUGUUCGUAAAUAUUUUAUGCUUGUCUACUACUGAUUUAAAGUUUCAGAGGUUUCUCAAUGUAUCAAAAUUCUUUUUCAGUUCAAAUAUGUGCAUUAGUGAUGUUUGUUUAUUUUGUCCGAGUAAAAACGUAAAAGGCACUAUGAUGGACCAUGGCAGAAAGUUGGAAGAUUCAUGAUUUUAGUAUUGUAGUUAGAUCCUAAAUGUAGAAUACAGAAAGAAAAAAAUACUGAAACAUUCAGACAAAGAGUAGUGACUUGUCCCACGAGGAACUGAAAUGGACAAACAC